AUGGCCGUGCACCAAUGAUUACCUUUCGUGUGCGGUCGGAACAGCGAAAUUCGCAGUGGAUGCACGAGGACUCUUCGGCCUUUGAAGUCUUGGAAAUCGGGAACGCGCCAAGUUUGGUCAAGACUUAAUGGAGUCUCAACCGCUGGUCGCGCGGUCGCGCGGUGUGAAAAGCCACAGCAGACCAUCAUGCGAAGGAGCCUUCCCGCUGCUUGGCCAGGUCUGGGCGCAGGCAAGGUAUCAUCGGACAACUGCAAUGAUGACAUUACACGGAAGUGCAAGAAGGUUGCGUGUGCGCUGUUAAGUAUGUAGUGGUUGUGGUACUGUGUCGCCGGCUCCAAAACAGAUUUCCGCUCCCCGUCUUUCUUGUGCAUCAAACAUGGAGUCCACAGGCAAAUCAGCAGAACCCGUUGCGACUGGCAUCUUCGCAACUGCGAAGCAAAGCUUCGGGGAUCUGUUUCGAUGGGAGCAGCGAGUUGAGAUCACAAAUGAAUUUGGAGAAUCGCGCACGGAAUGGCAGAGGCCAGCUCCUCUGAAGAACCCGAUCUCUCUGUUGGCACAGCUCUCACCGACUGCAUGGCUUUUCUUCAUUGUCGGCUUUGCCUCUUGGUCGGCCGAUGCAUUCGAUUUUCACGCUCUGAGUAUCCAAACCACCAAGCUUGCGUCUUACUAUGACACUUCCAACACGAACAUCACGACUGCGAUCACCCUCACUCUUCUUCUGCGCUCCAUCGGUGCCGCGAUCUUUGGACUUCUUGGUGAUCAAUUCGGUCGCAAGUGGCCCAUGGUGGCCAACAUGAUAAUCCUUGGUAUCCUGCAGAUCGCGACGAUUUACAGCACUACGUUUGGACAAUUCCUUGCUGUGCGAUCGUUGUUUGGUCUUUUCAUGGGUGGCGUAUACGGAAACGCCGUCGCAAUGGCUCUCGAGAACUGCCCUGUCCAAGCCCGUGGUCUCAUGUCCGGUAUCCUGCAGCAAGGUUACUCGUUCGGUUAUGUCUGUGCAGCUUGUGCCAAUCUUGGUGUCGGCGGCUCGGUCGAAUCCUGGAAGACCGUCUUUUGGAUCGCAGCAGGACUCAGUAUCGGUGUCGGCCUGAUCCGCGUCGCUUUUCCCGAGAGCAAGCAGUUCCGUGAGCGCAAAGCUGCGGGCCACAAGGGCGCUUCUGCCGGUGUGUUCUGGGCUGAGACGAAGACCAUGUUGGCCAAGGAGUGGAAGAUGUGCAUCUACUGCAUCAUUCUCAUGACCUGGUUCAACUUCUACUCUCACACUUCUCAAGACUCAUACACGACUUUCAUGCGAACUCAGAAGGGCAUGGACAACCACGAUGCCUCGAUUGCCAGUAUCCUGAUGAAGACUGGUGCUUGUGUCGGUGGCACUGUCAUUGGAUACCUCAGCCAAUGGGCCGGCCGUCGUCGUGCCAUGGUUGUCUCAGCACUGAUCAGCGCCUGCAUAAUCCCCGCGUGGAUCUUGCCAACUUCUCUUGGAGGUCUUUCGGCGUCUGGCUUCAUGAUUCAGUUCUUCGUUCAAGGAGCCUGGGGUGUGAUUCCUAUCCACCUGAACGAGCUCUCGCCUCCUGCCUUCCGUUCAUCCUUCCCCGGUAUCACUUACCAACUCGGAAAUAUGAUUUCUAGCCCCAGUGCGCAAAUCGUCAACGCCAUCGCCGAAUCUAACCUCAUUUCGGCUCGUGGAGAGCGCGUACCAUCCUAUGGACCAACUAUGGGCGUUGCAACUGCAAUUAUCGCUCUCGGAAUCGCUUUCACUGCUGCCAUUGGUCCUGAGAAGCGUGGAAGCAAGUUCGAAAAUGCUGUUAUUGGUGGCCAGACGGUUGCGAAUGUUGAGAAAGAUGUUGAUGCCGAGCGAGGGGACAGUGUUGAGAAGCCCACUACGGAUAUCAAGCUUGAGGAUGUUGAGAGGAAGUGAAGUGUGGUAUUGAUGACUGCUAUGUUUGAAAUAUGA